AAAAAAAAAAAAGAAAAGUCUUCAUCAAUGGAGGAUAUGAUCAUCAAGAAACAACCUCCAUCACCGCUAGCCAUGCAUAAAGAUUCACAAAGAAUUUCCAAAAUCAAGCCAAAGAUUAGGAUAAUUCACAUAUUUGCCCCUGAAAUCAUCAAAACUGAUGUUGCCAACUUCAGAGAGUUGGUACAGAGACUAACAGGAAAACCAUCUGAUCAUCAUCAUCAUCAAAAGGGUUCCCACUUCAAGAACAAGAAACCAAGAACUGUUAGUAAUCAAGAACAAGAAAAUCUGCAGCCGAAGCCAUCAAUUACUAGCAACAACAAGAAAAUGGAGCUAGUUACAACUGGGUUUAUGAAUAAUUAUAAUAAUAAGGUAAUUAAGGAAGAAGAAGAAGAUCCAAUGUGGAAUGGUGCAAAUUCAGGUGGGUUUUUAGCAGGAUUUGCAGAUUUAGAUGGGUUUAUUCAAGAACUUAAUGAAGAAUUUCCAAUGCUGCCUAUGGAAGUAAUUAAUAAUCAUCACAUGCAAUAUGGUUUUGGAGAGAGACAGCUUGUUUAAUUGUUGGGUUUUUUAAUUAAAUUUUAAUCCUUUAUUUUAUUUUCCUUUGCAAAUUAAUGCUUGAUAUUUUUUUCUCUCUUUUAAUUAGGUAUAACUCAAUUAACUGAUAAAUCCUUGCUAUAAUAUAUUUUUGCCUAUUUAUCA